AUGCUCCCUUAUCGGGAGGGAGUGUGUAGACCAUCUAUUACGGCCUUCAGCAAAACGUUAGACUCUAAUUUGUAUCCGGGUCUGUACCUCGGCCGAACGAAGAAGCUGAUGAUUGAAAAACCAGGAGACCGAGUGAGCUUUGAUUGCCCUGUCUCCUCAUCGUUAUUCCCGGAGUUCACAGCGGACCGCGACCGUCGGAGCUCUACAGUGUAUGCCGUGAGUGCUGGCGAUACAUGCAGAAUUUUCGACAAGGCACUGAGACUCAGCGACAUCGUUCCUGGUGCGUAUCUUGUAGAGGAGCUCUCGUCAGCAGACAAAGAAAUCAAGACAUACACUGUCGUAGCCGAAGCCUUACCCUCGACCGACGUCAAUCUUUGCUAUAUUUGCGUGCAAGAUGAUGGCUGGGUAGACAUGUACACGACGGUAAUUACUGUGAAAGGCUCUAGAGGUAAUGAUGAACAGGAGACCUCUAUCCCAUCGUCAGUGUGCAAGCCCAGUUUCUCUCUUGCAGCUUGGGCGCUUGGGGUGAGGCAGCCGACUGUUGCCCUUGAUGUGACAGAGCCACGGCAGUCGGUGCGCUUCGGUUGCCAAAAUUCUAGCACAUUGUUUCCGCGGGAAGUUGGAGAGCCAGCAGGACAGGCAUUUGUAUAUCCGGUCAGUGCGCGAGGAAUGUGCCAACUAUCGGAAGGCGUCUCGACUCUAGAAAGCUACCUUUCCGGUGCCUCACUCGAGGCAGACGUAGGGCAGAAAGUCAGCCACUUGUUUUCAAUGUACAGACUAACCGUCCCUACGCUGCCGGACACUGAAAAGAACUUCUGUUACGUAUGCACUCGGCACAAUGACCCGGCGAACGGAUGUGCAGUCCUCGUACAAGUUAGAGCAGCGAGGAAAUCCGAGGAUACUGGCAAUCGGCUUUUUGGGCCUGUGUGCCCUCUUCAAGGCUCCCCCCUGACGACUGCGACCGGUCUUAAGAAUGCGGCGAUGACACUGGAUAUUCGUCGAUCCAACUCCAGUGUUCAGUUUUUAUGUCCCGAUCAUUCGCAGGUCUUGCCAAGUAAUGCACCUUCGGAAAGGGCUCUGGAGGCUUCCGUUUUUGCGGUUGCCGAAGGCAAUGCAUGCCGUGUCGAAGGGCACCGCCCGCUACUUCAGGAUGUAGUCCCAGGUGCGAAGCUGACGGAAAAAGUUGUUGUCGCUAAGGGGUCGGUCACCCGAGCGUACACAUUUGCUGUGCGCAUGCUGCCGGCCACAGAGCAGAAACUGUGCUACGUGUGCGCCCGCAGUUCGUCAGUGGCUUCCGGAUGUGGGAUCGUCAUCACUGUGAAAGGGAAAGGGAGUGCCCAUCAGUCAGAAGGUGUGCCUGUAUGCCAACCGCGUUACUCUGAGGAGACAGCCGCAAGAGGCGUUAGGGCGCCGCUCAUCAAGCUCGUGGUUGGCAAUGCUUACGGCACUGCUCGAUUCCAGUGUCCUGGGAACUCUAGAGCAUUUCCCGCAUAUAUGAAUGAGAAGAACCAGGGAGUCUCCGCAGUAUAUCAGGUGUCCGAUGAGGGCAUUUGCAAGCUUAGGGACAACCCAGACAAACUGGAUGAUAUUCUUUCGGGGGCGGCGCUGCAAGCAAAUCCGUCUGCAGGAGACGGUGCAACAACGUACAGCCUCAUGAUUGCCACGCUGCCGCAGAAGGAGAUCAAGCUGUGCUACGCAUGCGUCGCGGACAACGAUGUUGCAAAUAGCUGUGGCGUGAUGAUAACCGUUAAGCCCGAGUCACCAUUACCAGAUGUUACGGGACGAGAACAGCAGGAAUUCCCGGUCUGUACGCCGGAGUACUCCGUCCGAGUGGCAGAAACUGGCUUGAAGAAGCCCUCGUUGGUGCUCAAGGUCAAUGAUACGCAGCGUGCUGUUCACUUCACGUGCGCGCGGGGCUCUCUCAUGUACCCAGAGCUUGACGACGCGUUUAGUCGACGGUCCGCGAUUACGUACUCGGUUUCUGAGUUGUCUUGCAAUCUGUGGGGAGAGCUGGUAGAUUUAGAAGACGCUGUGCCAGGAGCAACUUUGGUGUCCAACGUCGUGCAGGACGGCCAUGGAGCCACAGAGACGUACACGUUUGCAUUACAGGAGUUGCCCGCUACGCCACAGAAGUUGUGUUACCUCUGCAUUCAGGACCAUGAUAUCCUGAAUAGUUGCGCUGUGCUUAUUGACAUCAUGGGCAGACCCCCCUUGGAAUCUGCGACAGUCCCGAGAGCGACAGAGGCAAAAUCUGAUUCGGUCAUCCCCACGACUACUGGAGAGACGUGCUCACCCACCUUCUCGGCCCAUACUGCCGCCACAGGUCGAAGGCGUCCAGAAAUGGAACUGUUUAUCAAUAACUUGCAGCGUACUGUCCAGUUUGCCUGCCCUGACGGCUCAUUUCUGUUUCCGGAGUUUAACGACAGAGCUGGCCCAGUGUCUGGCAAAGUAUACAGAAUAGCAGGAGACUCAUGUGACAUCAGGGAAGAAGCGGCGUACCUGCAAGAUGUGGUACCGGGUGCGGAACUGCGGUUACACCCCACUGUGGAGGGAGGAGAGGUGCAACGGCUGUAUUCGUUCCAUGCUGAGCAACUCCCACAACAAGAUCAGAGGCUCUGCUACCUGUGCGUCCGCGGGGGAAAUCCUGCAGACAGCUGUGCAGUCAUGGUGACUGUCGAGGCACGCUUGUCUGCCGCACCCUCAUCUCAGCCCCACGCGCGUGGGGACGUGGUGGAACCAGCGCCGCCUGUGUGCACGCCUGUUUACUCCCCAACGGUAGCUGAAAGCGGGAUCGUGAUGCCGGCGCUUGAGCUGACGAUCGAUGAGGGGAAUCGAAUGGUCCAUUUUGUCUGUCCGGGAAACUCGUCGGUUCUUCCAGACCGCGCAGCAGUGGCACAUCCACAGGUGGCCCUGGUGUAUCCCGUGGGAUUAGGUGGCACGUGUGAUCUCGGGUCGCCGGCUUCGCGACUCGCCGAUUUGUUGCCUGGUGCCGCGCUUCGCGCACACACAGCUGCUCACGAAGGGGGUGUCGGACGGGCGUACACGUUCAUUGUUCCAACGUUACCCGAGCAAGACAAGAGACUUUGCUACGUGUGCGCAAGUAACCGUCAGACUGCGGAAAGCUGCGGGAUACAGAUCACGGUGAAGGGUACCAAUAAGCGAACCGAUGCCCUUCGUCAUCCAGUUGUUUGCAAUUUAAGCUAUUCCUCGCGGUCACAUGGGUCCGGCACACGGAAGGCAGCCAUCGAGCUAGUGGUUGAGAAACCAAACUCGUCUGUGCGCUUUACAUGCCCCGAGCGUUCAAGGGUAUUCCCAGACUUUGCGACUUCAACAGGAAAAAGUUGUGCUCCGGCGUAUGCGGUGAGAGGCAACGAAUGCGUGUUCUCGGGGCAGGGAGACAGCCAGGAAUGCUUGGUGCCGCCCGGAGCCAUGCUUCGAGCGGAGACAAUAGUCCAGGAUGGAGUUCUGGCAAGGACUUACACAUUUACCGUUACCCAACUACCGGCACAGGACAUGCGAUUUUGCUACUUGUGCGCACGCGACGAGGACAUGUAUCAGAGCUGCGGCGUCAUCAUUUCUGUUAAAGGCACCAGCCAGCCGCGAGGGCCAGAGAAGGGCCUUUCGUCAACGGAAACUGCCUCGCCGAUUUGUUUCCCACAGGUGAGAGGGAACCCCGCACAGAGGGGCAGCCUUGAACCGUCUGUGUAUUUGUCUAUCAAUCAUCCGAGGGACGACGCCAGCUUCGUGUGUCCGGCUGGAUCAGCAGUUUCAUCGAGCAAUGGGGUCGAACCGCAGGUGUACGUCGUAGGUUCAAGCGGCUCCUGUUUGCCUACGAACACUCAUUUAUCUCUGUCGGCCGCACUCCCCGGUGCGUCAUUAUCCGCCAACGACGUGACCGAAGACAAAAUGGUUCUUAGGAAAUAUACUUUGAAUGUUCCACGUCUUCCGGAGGAAGAUGCCAAAUUAUGUUAUGUCUGUGUCAACGAGAUGGAACCGCAGAACAGCUGUGCCGUUGCCAUCACUGUAAAAGGAAAGAAACAUUUCCUUGAUGGCCUGGUGCCUCCCUGUGCUCCAUCACAUCCUGGCUGUGCUUCGGACUCGCACGUAACAAAGCCACGUAUCACGCUGACAGUGGACAAAGAGGACAGUAAGGUGACUUUCCAGUGCCCAGCCAGUACUUCCUUGUACCCAGACACUACAGUGGUCCCAGCCAACGCAACAAUUUAUCCAACCAACGAUAGGGGUUCGUGUGUGUACCACGGAGGCGGAGAAGCUCCGGUGUUAGACGCCCUUGUCCCGGGUGCGACUCUACAAGCUACGGCUGGCGCCAACAGGGGGGCGGCUUCACGUAGCUACACACUGGACGUACGGAAGCUUCCGGAAGAGGAGGUAAGAAUGUGCUAUUUGUGCAUGCAUGGUGGCGACCCGUCUAACAGUUAUGGCAUUGUCGUUACAGUAAAAUCGUCCCCCACUUCUCCCACUUCCCCCCCAGGAGAGCUGGAGCCGCCAGUCUGUGCUCCCGCGUGUGAUGCCACAGUGGGGAAGACUGGAACGGUCAAACCACGGGUGACGCUUACAAUUGAUAAACCAGGGGGAAGCGCUAGUUUCGAAUGUCCGGCAGGAUCGACCAUCCUCCCGGAUCACGCGGAGACAUCCGAGCAAAACUGUGCCCUUGUGUACGGUGUGCAAGGGGACAGCUGCGAUGUACGAGGCCCUACUGCCAUACUGGCAAGUUUGAUUCCUGGUGCAAAACUCCACAGUAUUUCGGGGGGCGAAGGAGAACUCAAAGGGAAGGUGUUCACGCUGACAGUCCCCGAACUGCCGCCGAAGCACCAGCGGGUGUGCUAUUUAUGCACCAAUGAUAGGGAUUUGAUGCAGAGCUGCGGAGUCUUAAUCGAUGUCAAGCCGCAGUCAGGAGACACCACAGUUACGGCGUCCGAAGUGUGUGAGCUAGGGUACGCGCCAACAGCCGUUACGACAGGCCUCCGCGUCGCCAGCGUCAUACUAGAUGUGAGGGAACCAAACAGUGGUGUGGAGUUCGUUUGUCCGGACGACUCCAUGGUUAUACCCAUUUCUGCAACUUACCCGCGUGGUGCUGCGCGAGUGUACCCAGUGCACGGCAAAGACACCUGCGCCACCUCAGACACCAUGGAACGUCUAACUGACCGCGUACCUGGAGCAAGACUUACCUCGAUCCCGGGGAUUACGGAUGGAGAGAAAAUGAUGAAGUAUACGUUCAGCGUGUCCAGCCUCCCGGAGAAGAACCAGGCCAUUUGCUACGUAUGCGUAGCAGGAGGGGACCUUUCACGCAGCUGCGGAGUAGUUAUCAAUGUUCAUGGAACUGGGCUGCCCGCGCCGCCUUCCUCAACGGAACUAAAGAUCUUUGAUUGUCCGGUAUCGUACAGUGAAGGAGUGAAGAAGGCAGGCACAUUGCAGCCAGCAGUCAGGCUUAUGGUAACCGCGCCCAACACGCCCGUCGGCUUCAAAUGCACUGCGAAUGCGAAAGUAUACCCACCCAGUGUCACUCCGGAAACAGGCGUGCACACGCUCGUAUACUCUGUGGGUGAGCGCGACGUGUGCAACGUGGGAGAGCCGUUGCUGAGUUUGAACGCUGAAGUUCCUGGUGCGAAGCUCACAACAAAAAAGGAGAUGAUCGAUGGCUCUACGGUCACCACCGGCGUCAUCAAUCUUCCAAUGCUUCCAAGCCGGCAAAGAAAAUUCUGCUUCGCAUGUGUGGACAGAGAUAACUUGUUGAACAGUUGUGGAAUUCUCAUGACUGUUCCGUCUGCGAGGGACCGUCCAGUGCUAGGGUACGUCUGCAACGAUGUCAAGACGCUGAACAUGACUGUGAACGCUCCCGGUGCGGUCACAGUGCGGUGUGGCUUCGAUUUUCCGGAUAUCAGUCCAGCAGUCGAUACUUCUCCGGCGGACCAGAAAGUCUACUACGGGGAGUUAUGCGGCGACGCUGGAGCACUGAGGUCGGUGAUACCUGGGGCGACUCUCGUGAGGGAGAGCGCGUAUAACAAUCUGGAGGAGGAUGUGGCUGCCGCAGUUACACUGAAUGUGCCGCCCUCGGCGACCGCCCAGACAAUCUGCCUGAAGUGCUUACAGCCGAAGCCAUUUGAAUACAAAGCAUGCACAGUGAGAGUAGCGACAUCCCCACUCGCCGACGAAACGAAGGCAAAAUCCAACCACACCACACACUCACAUGACGGCGACGACACCGAGGCCCACAGCGGCCGCAGGCCAUCGGCCAAGCGCAACCCGGAAGGCGACACCAAAUUCUGCAUCCACAACAACCACACCGACAGGGAGCGAGUCGACCCCUACAAACCCGAAGGAAUCACCGAGGGCCGCCAGACAGAAGACGGCAUCAGGGAGGUCUUCGGUCGUGAAAACAGAUUUGUCGCUCACUACAGCAACCACUAUGCAACCGGGUUCGCUGAAAGGGAUUCCGGUGCUGACGCAGAACGUUACACCCACGGGAGCGGUCUCGUCAAAGCCGGUUACGCGGAAAACAACAACACAAGACCAGAGAGGAGUGGUGCUACCAACGCAUUCAACCACCUCAACAGGGGUGCCCUCACUGCCUACGGAGGCGGCAUUGGAUUGGCGUGGUAA